AUGGCAGAGGGCAAUGUGGCGGGCUGGGAACAAGAGGAUGAGCUUGAUCUUGGCCCAGAAGAGAACAAUUCCCACCUUCCCGAUCAUGGCGCUCAUCAGUCCCCCGGGCUUUCCCCGCAGGAGCCGGAAGACGAAUUGAACAUCAAAGAAGAUCAUGCGCAGGACCACGAAUCGGAGAAGACCGUCCAAGCGAUCCCUGACAGUCUCCCGCAGACUCCGCCAAUGAGGAAUACAGAGUUUGCUGGAACCCCAGGGAGUCUGGAUGAGACCGCGUCUACGCCAGAUGAUUCCCCGUCCUUACAUGACUCCGUAAUCUCAUCGCAAAGCAGUAGUGCCCUGCUGAACCGAGGCUCACCGAGGACCACCCCAAGUCCGGCCCAUCGUCCCUUUGACCUUCGUUUCCAGUCUCGACUAUCGUCAUCACCUUUGAGCGCGCCAAGAUCGGGCUCGCCAUAUCUGGCUCAUUUACAUUCUCGACAAUCAUCAAUAACAAGCCAGGUCUCGCCGACGCCAGAAUCGGAACCCGAAGAAGCGCCGAGUCCUUGGGAUGUGGUGCGAUGGACAAAGCUGCGAAAGAUUACGGGGCAAGCAUUUUCGGAGAUUGGGAGACGAAGCUUUGGUAGGCCGACUUGUUUGGCUGUGUCGACGACUAUUGUUCUUGGUACAUCGAAGGGCAUCAUUCUGGUGUUUGACUAUCAGCAAAACUUGAAAACUAUCAUCGGAACAGGGACAAAAGCUGUCGAAUGCGGGCCAGUCACCUCUUUGGCUUUGUCUGCAGACCAUUCCACUGUGGCUGGAGGCCAUGAAUCCGGCGACAUCUUCACAUGGGAAAUCUCACGAUCGGCUCGACCUUUUCUCCAUAUUCCCCCAAUCCCAGAAAAACAAGUAGAGGCGCGGACUUCUGAUGGCCAUAUUUCCGGAUCGGCUGUCAUCCAUAUGGGGUUUCUAGGAACACGACGCACUGCGGUGGUUUCAGCGGAUACUAGAGGAAUGGCAUUUUCGCAUUUAGCAACAAGAGGCAUGGGCGCGGUCGCGCGAACAGUGAAGAUAACUCGAAUUCUUGGCCGAUACCCUCCAACAUCCUUGGAAGAGAUACGACCCCGGAAGCCUAGCUCUGUCUUGGCCUUUUCACCAUUGCCCCUCGGAAAUGUAGAGCAGCCGUCCGACUCGUUAGGCCUUGUUGCUAUGUUGACGCCUUAUCUUCUGGUGAUCGUGUCUACCACUCCAGUUGCACAGACCCAGCACAAAGCGCCGAGGCCAAAGGAAGUUCCCUCUCAUAGCGCCAUGACUGGAGCCUUGGCUUGGUUCCCUGCGAUCCGCCUGAAGGGCAAAGACAGCCAAACAUCGAAUACCAAGCUCGUCUAUUGUUGGUCAAAUGUGUUAACUGUGAUGGAGGUGACUGAGGCCGAAGCUAGUGAGCCGGCAGACAAAGACAAGCCACCCAAUCUUGCGUUUAGAGCGCGCAGUAGGUGGAAGGCUGACGAGCCCAUUGUCGCCGUGCAAUGGCUCAGUCGCUCUGUUCUCGCAGUCUUCACAAUCACCCAGCGACUUCUUAUUCUAGAGGACCACUCCAUGCACGUAACGGACUCGAUUGAUCUGGUGAGCCGGCAUAUAUACCACGCUGAUCUCUUUUCGUCCCAGCUGCAUGCCUUGGUUGAGCAGCUGGAUGAAGAAGAUACAUCGAUGCACGGCGUAGUUGCAGAUGCGUUUUUUAUGAGUUUCCGUGCUUAUAAAGGACGUUUAUUCCUUCUCGGCUACAACGAGGCCUUAGUUGGUAGUCUUUCCAACUGGGCUGAUCGGCUUCUGGCCCUGAUGGAAGCGGGCGAUUUCAUCGCAGCCAUCCGCUUAGCGACUUCUUUCUACACAGGAGCUGCCGAAAUGCUCACAGUAGGCCUUCCCGCAGAGGAUGUCCUAAGACAGCCCAUAGUCCAAGAGAAGUUAUUAGAGAUGAUCUCUGCUUCCCUCAAAUAUGCGUUCGGCCGAAACGCGGAGGCAGACAAUGGGAGGUUGGAAACCCAGCAACUUGAGGAAUUGGCCGAGGUGGCUGUUACUGCCUGUAUCUAUAUGGCAGACUACGAGUUCCUAUGGGAGGAAGUCUUCACUUGGUUUGAAGAGAACAACUCUGCGGGAAUUUUCAUGGACGUUCUUGAACCACGUAUCGUUGAUGGGACGAUCCGUUCACUGCCCCCGGCCGCUGUCAAAGCUCUCAUCAACCACUUUAUCAUUGCUCACUCGGCUGGGCGUCUCGAGGAAAUCAUAUGCCUCCUUGAUACCACGACUAUGGACAUUGAUCAAUUAACGACUCUCUGCAAACAACAUAAUUUAUACGACGCGUAUAUAUACGUUUGGAAUCGCUGUCUGCAAGACUACGCGGGCCCACUAGAAGAACUCAUAAGGAUGAUCCCAGCCCAGACCGAGCUAGAGCCCGCUGUCAACGGGGCGGAUGCCAACGACACGAGUCGGUACACAAAUGCCAUGAAAAUGUUCCCCUACCUUUCCUUCGUUCUCACGGGUCGCAUUUACCCCACCGGAAACGAGAUGGAAGAAACCGAAGCCUUCCGUGCCAAAACUACCAUGUAUCAAUAUCUUUUCUCGGGUCAAGUGUCUGGAACAGAGCCCGGGAACCUUUCCGACGAAGAGGAGUCUUUCUCACACUUGAAAGCCAUGCUUAAAUUCGAUACCUCUAGCUUUAUGAGCAUGUUCAACGAGGCAUUCGAGGACAGCUUCCUGAAUGAGCCUGAAUCUGAGGAGGCUCUCGCCUCCGGUGUCUCGAUUAACCGACAGUAUCUGAUCAGCAUUUUACUUCAGGUAAUGGAUGCAUCAGUCUUCCCUCCUUCUGAUACCAUUUACUUGGAUAUGUUUAUUGCACGCAAUCUUCCAAAAUACCCGCAGUACAUUCUUCUUUCGGGCACCACUCUUCAUCAAGUCUUAGUGCGCUUGUGUCAGUACCCGGAGUUAGAAAUGGCCGAGGACUGUGAACUGAGUGCGGAAUAUUUGCUAUCUCUAUACCACCCACCCGACAUACAGAGCAUGUUACCCUUGUUCAAGAAGGCUCGAUUUUUUCGUAUCCUCAAAUCAACGUACCGCUCAGAGAAACAAUACCCAGAAUGGAUUUUGACAUACUUUGAAGAUCCAGCAGAUAAAGAAGCCAUUUUCACUGCUCUGCAUGAUUGUUUACGAUCGGGAUCAAGUCUCGGUAAAAAGCAACGGAAAGACGUGGUAGAUGUGGUGAAGAAGCAUGCUAAGGACGUUGCUUAUAUCAAUGUUAAACGAGCAGCAGAGACGAUGGAGAACUUGACCCCCAAUACGCAUGCUACAUUCUUACGAGUACUGGAAGAAGAUCCACACAACCAGUAUCAAUACCUACUGAUACUGGUUGAGCCGUCUCGCCAAGCUGGAGAAACUCAAGCAUCGCCCUCUGUUGAGAAUUGGAUGCUUGAACGCUACGUACAGCUACUUUGCAAAUACAACCCAACUCACAUUGCUGACUUUGUGGACGGUAUGCGAGUUGGGGACAUACAUCUUGAUCAGCUACUACCGGCUAUCGAGGAAAGUGGGGCUAUAGAUGCGGCGGUACUUCUCCUCGCACGACAAGGCCAUCUACGACAAGCCCUGGAUCGUCUUAUUUCUCAUCUGGGUACACUUGAGUCUGGCUUGGUUGGAAUUCUCCAAAGCGUAGACGAGGCGCCAGACUCUUCCAGCGCGCUUGAGGCCAUUGAUGACCUUCUUGAAUCGCUGAAAAAGUAUGCUGGAGUGGGAACGUGGAUUUGCCAGGGCCAAACAAAGACCGCAAAGCAGUCGCCACCCAGACUGAGUACCAACGGUCAACGUGAAGCAUCGCAACCCGAACAAACGCUGGCAUUUGAUGAGGGUCUUUGGUUGGAUCUCAUCGAGGCGGUGGUUCGCAUCGCAAGCCAUGUAUUCGCGGUGAUGAGAGAACGUCAUAUUGAGGAGUCUGCGCAGUCUCAAUUAGUCUCUACUCCCACCCAUGGGAACGCUGGCCAGUUGACCACCUCUUUCCGCACUCUGGUCCAGCAAGUAUUCACCUCCUUAUUGGCUAGCACUGUGAAAAGUAAAGGGGAUGGAACAAAUGGUGAACGUACUGAUGUGUCUUUCCUCCGAAUUCUCCGCGCAUUUCUCACACGGGCUGCGAGCUGGUCUCCUUCUCUUCUGGAGCUGCGCGCGGUGCUAGCCUCCGUCUUCUCUGCAUACUCCUACGAGAGAUCCCUUCUGACCCUCGCCAAUGGCAUAUUGGACCGUGAUCUCUUCGUGCAUGUGGACGAGGUCAGUCAUCUCCGACAACAAGGGUGGCGCCCCCGCGGACAGGUCUGUGAGAUCUGCCGACGUCGGAUCUGGGGCCCCAGUGUUGGUCCCGCGCAGUGGACAGUCUGGCAGAAAAAACAAGCCGACGACCAUCAACGUCGUAUUGCUAAACGCAUCGAGGAAGCUUACGAUCCGGUCACUGAGCGGGGUAAAGGCAAAGCAGCCGCUGUGGGCGCGGGCCAUCUGCAAGUAGACCAUGCUGGCCCCAAUCCUGUCGGCUCUGAUCCUGAGCACGAAAAUGAGCACGACGAGCACGGGCAAGAUGCAGGGGUAGAAACGAACGGGCCUGGGGCAGAGGGCCGCCCAGAACCCAUUGUCGUGUUUUCUUGUCGACAUCUUUAUCACCGAAAGUGUGUUCUAGAUGCAAUUCCUAUCCAUGGUCGCCCCACUGAUGGACCUGCAUUUCGGCAUGGGAAUGCCGAUUGGGCUGGCGGCGACCUCUUCUGUCCGGCAUGUACAUAG